CUGCCUGGAACGCCAAUAAAAACGACAACAAACAAGAUUGUGGAGAGAGAGAGAGGACGAUGUCCGAUUUGA